AUGGCCGACAUCAACAUCAACGACUUCGACCUCACCAAGCUUAGCGAGAAGGACAAGGCCGAGCUGCGCCAAUUCCUGCAGAACGAGAGCCAGAAGGUCCGCGUCCAGUCUACCGUCCAUUCCUUAACAGACAUGUGUUUCCGGAAGUGCGUGACCGGCACGAUCCGCAGCGGAAAGCUGGACAAGAGCGAGGAGGGGUGCAUGGCGAACUGCGCGGAUCGCUUUAUAGACGUCAGUCAGUUGACGAUGAAGCAUUUGCAAAACUUGCGACAAACUUAA